ACAAAUAGAAAAACAAACAAACUCAAACACAACAUAAGAUCUUUUAUCUGGAAAUUGUAUCCUGUUGUAUAGUGCUAUAAUUGUUAAGGAGAAGGUGCGUUUGGAGCGAUAUCAAAGUUUUAUUUUCCAGACUUCAGAGGAACAUAAAAAGACAUUCCAAGGUGCCACGGUAGGAGGCGUGGGUGUUACUUUAUAAUUAAUUCUUCAUUGUCUCGGAUGAGUAACACUUUUGUUGUAUUUCAAUUAAUAUUAAAUUACUUUCGUUAAAAAUGGAAAUGAAAGAAGUGAUAUGCCGAGAGGGUCGUGAUGCCAAAAAUUUAUUAGUUUAUCAAAUAUGUGACGACAGACCACUCGGUGGAAUUUUAAACUACGAGAGAACUAUACCGCCACAGCAUUCAUGCCGUAAACCGCCCAAGUCAUCUAACGCUUUGGUACCAUGCCAAAAGCAAACAAUAAAAACAUCGUCUUCACCGCCUCGUAAUUCUAAUAAACAGUCGACUGGACCACGAGUGCGUUCAGCUAGUACUGGUAGAGAUAAAAAAUCUGAAUUACAGGCUAGGUAUUGGGCUCUAUUAUUCGGAAACUUGCAAAGAGCUGUUAACGAAAUUUACCAAACUGUUGAGUGCUAUGAAAACAUUUCAUCGUGCCAAGAAGCAAUUUUAGUAUUAGAGAAUUAUGUUCGCGAUUUUAAAGCCUUGAGUGAAUGGUUUAGAGUGUCAUGGGACUAUGAGUCUAAGCCAGUGCAACAACGCCCACACUCUCUUGCUUGGGAAGUGCGUAAAAGCAAUCCAGCACCGCGCGUGAGAGCCAAAUCACUAUCCAGUCCCACAAUUUCCGGAAAAUCCAGUCCCAGCCCGUGUCUCUGCAAUUCGGGGAAAAGUUCGCCAUCUCUUUUGCCGGGAGAAAGCCAGUCGCCUCGUAGGGGGGUUAGAGUUAACGUUCGUGAGUUAUUCUCCUCGAGCAAACGUCCAUUGAGCGAAGUAUCAAGAGAAGCGGAGUUACUGCCACACGACACUCAAAUUAGCCUGCCUUUCAUUGAAGUUCCUCCUAUGCACUUGGAAAAUCGGUGCCAUCAGUAUGCUCAAACUGAUUUAGAAGAUGAUCAUUUGACUUUAGCCGGUAUUCGAGAGAAAAUGCAACGAGAGAAAGAAGAAAGAGAAGCUCAACGAAUAGAUCUAGAACUAGUUAAACUAGAAGAGAAAGAGAAUACCAGAGAUCUUACCGCAGUAGAAAUGACUGUUCAACAGUUAAAUUGCAUGGAAGAUGCUCUUUUAGCGAAAAAUGUUGAAACGAAUGUGCAAGAAGACUAUAUACGAGUUGAAACACAUAUUAAGGGCGACUCACAGAAAAAAUCGGAUGAGAUAGUUGCAGUGGAUUCAAAAACUAGUAAUUCCAGCGUGGACCAAAACGACAAGCUCUUACCGCCCUAUACAGCGGGACAAAUUAACAGUCCCCUUAAAUAUUCUAGUGUACUAAAUAGACCGGUGGCUUCUUUUACAAACAAUGUAAAUACAGCGAAGAGCGUAACACUUUCAAAAUCUUCCUCUGCGAAAACUUCGGCCGUCAAGUCAACUGCUUCGCUCCCACACAGUGCAAAAUUUGUUACUAAUGCAAACUUAAGACGUUCAGUCCCUACAAACACGGCACCUACAUCUCAUAAGAUCUCUCUGUCUGCUCGUUUGACUCUUCGCAAUUCAAAGCCGAAAUGUUUGCAAUCAUCACUAAUGUCCAAUAAUAAGACGGGGGAUUGUUCAGGGCAAUCUUUGAAUCCGACAUCUAGACUUUCGGCUCGAUCCAGAACUAUGAUUGAAAUAAAAGCCAAAGAUGAAGCGCCAAAGCUGGCGCCGAAAGCCAGACGCCCAUCUGUACCGGCGAACCGUGCUCUAUACAGUGUCGGAGCGUCGUCAUCACGCAGAUCAUCUCGGGAUGAAAUUGGCAGCUCCACAUCCACUUUAAAAGCCAGCAAUGAGCGCAUUUCAAUAACGAAAAGUAUAAAUUCAUCGAAUGCCGAGGAACGCAAAUCUGAACCGAAACAAUUACCCAGCAGCGAUAACAAUGAUGGCUGGCUAACGGUCAAAAAUAGACGCCGCUCCAGCAUGCACUGGUCAAGUCGUUUUAAUCAACCCACGGGUUACGCCAGCUUGCCCACUUUAGCUUUAUUCGAUGAAAAACGCCAUCGAGAAGAGUUAAUUCUCAAACCUACUUCCUUCAAAUCGACAACUUCUGGUACGGAGACAGAUGUAAAAAGUGCGAGACACAUAAAGACAAGUAGGCUUCAGGAUAAAAUUAGCAAGCCACUGGUGAAACCAGAAAUUAAAAAUGCCAAAGCCAAAAUAAAUUCUUUACCGGCGCAUCACAAGAGUUCUACACAAACAUUAGCGUCUGUCAAAAAAGAAGCACUUGUACUGGAUCGCAAUCCUAUUUCCAUACCCAGCCGUCAAAGUAUUAUAAAACGUCAAAAAUCCGAUCUCACUGGUCUCAAAAUGACUUCUCUGCAUAAGGAAUACAUGCGUAGCGAAAAAAUCGCUCAACGUAAGUUGAAUAACGGUGGAACAAAAUCAUCUGAAGUAUUAAGUAAUGGCCACAUAGAGUCUGGUAAUAAUUCUAAUAGAGCAUCUUCGACGGAAACCAUUGUAGAAGCCCAAAAUUCAUCAAGUAAAAAAUUUUUACCAUCAGAAGGAGUUUCGGCUGACCACAAUAAGAUUGACAUUAAGAUCCAGACUAAUCGUGAUUUCUCAAAAACUAUAGGAGAUCUUUAUCGAAGCAUUUCUUCAAAGGCGGACCAUCUCACCAUUGCUGGAGAAUCUCUUUCGAAUGGAGUGAUAGGUACAGCAGCUCUUUCGAGUUGUGAUGAAAAUGAUGAAUGUGAUGAACAUCAAAGAUUGUUAGUCGAAGAGCAAGAAUCUUUAGAACGACAAAUUCGAGAAUUGGAAAGUACCGAAAUAGAUGUAGACACUGAAACCGACGAGACGGACUGUGAAGUAGGCGUUUUAGAAAAUGAUCACGACGACCACGAUGAUGAGAGAACAUGCAUUCCUUUAAAUACAUCAGCAGUUGUGUUCGUGCCCGUUAAGGAUAGUACCGAAGAUGAAAAGUUAAGUUUGGAAACGCGUUAUCAAGCUCUGUUAUCGGAAAUGUCAUGGGGCGAGCGAGAAGAAGCUUUAGCUACACUGCAAGCUUAUGUAUCUCGACAUCCCGGUCGUGCACAAGAAUUACAUCAAAAAUUAUCAUCACCUUCGCGGCGUCGAUCAUUGCAAGAAACCCUUAAAAAGUAUCAAGCUAAACAAGCGAGAGCUCAACAGAAACGAGAGACUUUGCAAAAAGAGAAAACAAUAAAAAUUCAACAACUUUUAGCGAGAGUAGAAGAUGUUAAGGCAGCUAAACGUCAGCUUAUCGAAGAUAAACGUUUAAAAAUGGAGGGACGACUUCAGCGGGCAGCUGAGAAUCGUGAGCAAUAUUUGCGGCAAAUUAUCGAGAAAGCUCACGACGAAGAAAAAAAACUUAAAGAGAUUAAUUUUAUUAAGAAUAUAGAGGCUCAAAACAAACGUCUUGAUCUCAUAGAAUCUUCAAAAGAAACUGAAGGACGUUUGCAGGAUCUUGAACAGGAACGGCAAAAGCGAAUGGAAGAAAAAGCUGCCAAGGAAGCAGCUGUAGAAAGACGGCGCCAAGAACUUGAAAAGGAAUGGCAGCGCAAAUUAGAAAAAAUCAACGAGAGUCGAUUGGAAAAAGAGCAACGCGUCGGAAAAAUGCAAGAACAAAAAGAGAAACAGCGCCAGGCUUUGGCCCGUGAAAAAGCCAGAGACAGGGAGGAGAGAUUAUUGGCGCUUCAGGUGCAACAACAACAAACUACUGAAGAAUUGCAAAGAAAAAUUUUGCAAAAACAAAAAGAAUCGGCAAGAAGACACGAGGAAAAUAUCGAGCAUAUUCGGCAGCGUGCACUAGAGCUUACGAUACCAUCGCGAAAUUUGGAAGAGAACGCUACGAGCCGUCUAGAAAGCGCAGAAAGUCAGCCGGAAGAUGGAGAUCUUUCAUCUACCGUGUCCGAUGUUGGUAGCCGCGAGCAUACUCGGGGUUACAAAAAGAAAAUCAAAAAACUGAAGUUGAGAAUGUCCCAUAGUGCUGACGAAUAUUUUAAAGAGCUUCAGCCAGUGCCAUUGCAUAUGAAACGUGAAUCUCAAGUACCAAAAUAUCUUAAUCUUGUUAAUAAAGGUGGUGGUGCCCAAGGAUUGGAACGAGCACUCGGACAAUUAAUGCGGAUAAUGUCAAAAGCCCAAGUAUUUGAUUUUCAAUGUUUUUUAUUGAUGGACGGUCUUGGCGCACUUGCAACAAAUGUGAUCGCAAAAAGUAUGCAAGAGGACUCAGAGGUAUCAAAGAAAGCUGUCGUCUCGGCUGUUCAGUUAUAUCGUAAUGCUUGCACUUUAUGCCCUCAAAUAGCUCGUCAUGCAAUGUUAGGAAAUUCUUUGCCAUCACUAUUUGAUGCCUUAUUCCAAAGCUUACAGCUUCCCGAAGAAAAAUCACCACAACAUCCUGUCGAGUUAUCCACCGAAUUAAUGCUGGCAUGCACAGUGGCAAUGUCGCCUUCCUAUACUAAAAAGCACACCCACCCUAAGAUCUUGGAACGCCUACCGGAUUUAAUAAGUUAUGCUGUCAUGAUUGGACUCAUUGAAAUUUUAUCAAGGCGUUGUAUGAAAAUUCGUGAAUCUAUUGAGAGUCAUCAAGGUGUGGUGUUAUCAUUGCUGGCAACACUCGGUUUCAUAACAAAAUUUAUCGAUGUCUGUCCCGUUGGUCCUGCAGAUUCUACACGAUUUCUAAGCUCGGCAAAGUCCACAGAACUUUUUGGUUCAAUUUCAAUGCUCUAUGCCAGCGUCGUCCCUAUUGGUGAAAGCAUUCCACCGAGAACGAUUUCGUUAGCGGCUGCAACUUUUAAUUUACUCGUUUCAAUGGCUGUGCUGGAUGUAAAUACGUUCCAGGAAGUAUUAAGCGGGGAAGCAAUUUCAUUAAAAUUCCUCGAUGUUGUGACAAUUUUACUCAAGUAUUGUGGCAUUAAAUGCACGGCAGCUAAAAAUAGUGAAACUCAAGCAGUUUUAAUUGAUUUAAUUGCCAGCAUUGGUUUUUUCUGUGCAAACAACAAACAAAAUCAGGAUCUUUUGACCUCAGAACAGUGUUCGAAUAUAAUAAAAAAUUUAACCAGAUUACCUGAAUAUUUGAAUGUGGUUGUCUAUCCCUGCCUUGUUACCUUAACCUUUCAAAAUCAAAAUGCUCGCAAUGUGAUAGGUCGUGAUUUUAAUUUAGAGUUUCUGGAUGAAUAUAGUAAAUCGGAUAAGGCGAAAAAGAAUCAUUUGGUGGCUUUGCUUAAGGAAACUACUUAAAUUGGGGCUUAGAUUGGCCAAAUAACGGUGCUUUCGAUAUAAAACCUCAAUUACGACUGCCUGCCUCUCCAAGCACAUCAUCCAUUGCAAUUGCAUAUGCAUUAUUAAUAAAUGUGUUUUCAUUUUGUUUUUCUUCUUACUCACUCUUUCUCCCUAUCUCUUUUUCUCGCUUUCUGUAUCUCUGUUUCCAUAAAAUUCACACUAAUUACAUGGAUACUGUGUCUAUUUAAUGGAUACGAUUCUCUUUUUAUUUUGAUAUUUUUUUAUACAAUGUAUGUAUUUUCAUACGAACGAGUAAAUAAGCAAAUCAAAUAUAAGUAUUUAAAUAAACGAAA